UUGGGGCCAGAUUAAAAAAUAAAAAGUUAAUAUUACUAGAAUGACAUUAAAGUUGGAAUAAAACGAGAAUGAAGGCGUAAUAUUACCUUAAUAACGAAAUAAUACGAGAAUAGAGUCGUACGAUAAUGACCAAGUCAUAAUAAUAUAAGAAUAUCAAUAUGAGAAGUUGAACCGUAACAUUGUUCUUUAUAUUGCACGACUUUAUUCCCGUAAUCCAUGACUUCAUAUUGUCGUAAUUCUAUGACUUUAUUAUUCUGUAUUUUCUCUUCGCCCUGAUGCUCCGUCUUAAGGCGAAAUUGUUACUCAAUCAGAAGUUUGAUGUUUUUACGCCUGAGCCAAACAGUAAAAUGUGUGACAGCGUUUCUGGUGUGUAGCAGAAAAUAUAAGUUUAAGUAAUGAACCAUCAGCAUGUCACGGAGGAAAAGUUGCUAAAUCAAUAAGUUCCUGAGAAGCAUUUGUACAUUUCAGAACCAAUAAAAAGUCAAGUAUUUCAUUUCUAUUUCAAAUUCUAGUUUAAAUUCAAAAAUAUUUUAUUAAUCUUAAAGGGAAAUUAAAUGUUAUUGUAACUCCUAUUAUUUAAGGAAAACUUCAGUAAAAACUAAAACGUAAAUUAUAUAAAAAGUAAAGAUUUCUUAUUAGGAAACAAAAAGACAAUAAAACAAGCAUGAGUUGCUACAAUAAACGUAAAAUGUCAUAUAUUAUGUAAAAUAAUGAUGGUGGAGUAUUUGCCUUUAAAGAUCUAAACGGAAGUUUGAACUUAGGUCUGAUUUAUUGAUCAAUAUUGACUAGAUCCUAUCACUUUUGUUACAUUUAAAGACUCACUAAUACACUUAUCUUUCAAUUCUUUUUUAAUUCUUAAUUUUUGACUUGUUUUGUGAUCAUUUCAAGUUCAGAAAGUAAAACCCUUUAAAUUAGUUUAGAAAUGUUUAAAAUUUCCUACAGAAUUUGAACGUAGCAAAAAGUCGGUUUCCACGGCAACGCGUCACAACGACUGAGACUAAGAUGGUUUACAUCACAGAGGAGCUGAUCCGGCGGCGGGCCGAGCACAACGGCUGUGAGAUCCUCUCCCUGGAGGAGGUUUCCCUGCACCAGCAGGACAUCGAGCGGAUCGAGCAUGUGGACAGGUGGUGCAGGGAGCUGAGGAUCCUCUACCUGCAGAACAACCUCAUCCCCAGAAUCGAGAACGUGGGGCGCCUGAAGAAGCUGGAGUAUCUGAAUCUGGCCUUGAACAACAUCCAAGUCAUUGAAAACCUGGAAGGUUGUGAGAGCCUCCGGAAGCUGGACCUGACGGUGAACUUCGUGGGUCUGCUGAGCAGCGUGGAGUCGCUGCAGCACAACGCCCACCUGAGGGAGCUCUACCUGGUGGGGAACCCCUGCACCGAGUUCCAGGGCUACCGGCAGUACGUCGUGGCGGCGCUGCCUCAGCUCAAGUGGCUGGACGGGACAGAGAUCAGCCGGUCGGAGCGGAUCAGAGCCUCGCAGGGCCUGGAGCAGGUGAGGAGGCGAGUCAGGGAGCAGGAGCAGGAGUACCUGAGGAGGAGAGAGGAGCAGAAAGAGGAGGCUGCACAAAGAGACAAGGAGAGGAAACCAGACUCACAGGACGACAAGGAGAACCUGCGGAGCGCCGAGGAGGAGGAGCAGGACUUCUGGCACACGCCCUGCUCCUUCACCCCCGAGUCCCGGCUGGAGGCGCACCGCCGCCUGGAGGAGAAGAAGAACGCCAACAGGAAGGAACCAGAGAAGAAGAACAAACCUCCCAGGACUCUGAUCACCGCUGACGGACGAGUCAUGAACAUCAACGAACCCAAGUUGGCCUUUUCUCUGACUGAGGAUGAGGAAAGCAACGCUGUUGUGUUGGACCUGGCCGUUUACAGACACAUGGACACGUCCCUGAUGGAUGUGGACGUCCAGCCGACGUACGCCAGAGUCAGCGUCAAAGGAAAGAUGUUCCAGGUGGUUCUUCCUGCGGAGGUGAAGCCCGACAGCUCGACGGCCCGGCGCUCCCAGACCACCGGACACCUGGUUCUGACCAUGCCCCGGGCUGAAGGUGAACUCAGAGUGAAGAAGCCCGCUCCUCGCCAGCGCCGAGCCGCUCCGAGCCGCAGCUCAGCAGAGGAACAGAACAGAAAGGAUAAAACUCCUGAGAGGCUGGAAGUUGAUCCCAGUAAACGUAAAUCUGUUGAUGUUGCCAACAUCGUUCCUCAGCGGAGCAACGGAGAAGAUCUUCAGGAAAAACCGGGUCGAACAGCAGAACUCCCUGAAGAGUUCAUGGACGACCCGGAGGUUCCUCCACUCAUCUAAAAUGUUUUUAAAAACACAGUUUCACCGCCGCUCUACAGAAAAUGAUGCAAAUCCUGGUUAAGUGAUUUUAAUUGUCUUACAGCAAAACAAAUGUUAGUGUUGGUAACAAAACCUCAGAAGAUUCUGACAGAAAAACAUUUUGGUUUUAGUAAAAAGAUUUUCUUCUGGACAGUUUUUGGUGUUUUAUUCUUUUUUAAAAUCCUUUUUCUUAACCUUAAAGUACAGAAUCCAUGUGUAUGUUGUAAAUAUUAAGACCAAACAAGAUUUAUCACCUGGACAGACAAAAACAGAUAAAUAUAACUUCAAUCUGCUGUCAUUGUGAAACACAUCAACCAGUGAUACUGACCUUCACCUUUAAUUGCUUUUUAAUCUGAUUGUCUUUAGUUGCAGUUUGUGACAGAUUCUCUAUGGUGAACUGGGGUUUUAAUAUUUUAGUGGAUGUCAGUGUUAUUGAUCUCAGAUUGAAGAAUCAGUGAAACCUCUAAUGAGGAAGCUGGCAGCCUCUCUGGACCUUCAUAAGAGUUUCUGCAGCUUUUCCCCAAAGUUUGAGCUCAGUGUGUGCCUGGACUCAUUUCAUUUCUUUGCAAAGAGCAAAUGUUAAAUUAGUUUCUAAUUCCUCAGAGGUACAAGGUGUGCUAACUGAACGCUGAAGUUUCCUGUUUCUGAUCUGAUGAGGGCUCAGAGGUUUAUUCGUCUCUGUCAGCGGCUCUUCAGCCUUAUUGGCCUCAACAGGAAACCUCCAAUCUGUAGAAAGAAAAUGUCGUCAGCGUAUCUGUUAGCUCGAAUAUUAGCUUAACCGUUAGCUCAGCUGUUUCCCUUAAAAUGUUUGUGCUUAUUUGCUUGAUUUUGAGAAAGUACAAUAUUUGCUUAAAUAUUCACCAUACUCUUAACUUGAUCUGUAACUUAUUGGCCACUUAAAUUGUGAUCUUGACUGAAGGUUAGCUCUCCUAUUAGCUUGUCUAUUAGUUCGUCUGCUAACUCAGCUGGUAGCUUCUUCUUCUUUUGAGUUUUAUUAGCGGUUAGCAAACCAACUUAAGGUGCCCAGCUGUUAGCUUGACACCUUAGCUUUACUUUGAGUAGAGAAGCUGUUAGCUCUGUAGCAUGUUAGCUUAAUUAUUACAUGACUAUUAAUGUUAAUAGCGUUUACAUAACUUUGUGAUUGCUGUCUCACUGUUCAGUGUUGCCUUGACUAUCAACUGUUUAUGCAACUGUUUGCAUGAAUGUUAGCAUUAGCAUAGCUCAAGAGGUUCUUGACUGUUAGCUUGACUAUUAGUGAAAUUUUAGCUCAGCUUUCAUUCUGUUAACGUGACUUGAAUUAGUUAGCUAGCUUCACUGUUUUGAGUGUUUAGAGCGCUGUUAGCUUAUGUAUAGCUUAUAUUAGCAUGACUGUUUCUUAAAAUAAUUGAAUUUAACUGUCACGCUAACGGGCAUUUGUCUGAGUUCUACCCUGACUGUUAGGUCAAAGGUCAAUCUUGAGAAUUAAUGAAGGCAACUAAACCUCUCAUCCAAAAGUUGUUUUUAGUUCAGAAACUUAUAGGUUGGGAGUUUUAGGUUUAUAAACUGUCCUCAGAUCAAUCAUGCUGAUUGGGAAUUAGAGCAUCACUAAUAAGGCUGAAAUGUUUUCAAGAUAACAAAAGUCCAGUUAUCUGCCUUUAAAACUCUUACCCUGCUCUGAGUGACACACCAGAGGUUAGUAUUAGCUUAAUAAGUAGGGAAGCAGUUAGAUUAAAUAUUAACUUAAUUGUUGAUUUUGCUGUUAGCUCAGCAAUUAGCUUGACUGAUGAUUAUGUGUUGUUAGCAGUUAGCGUAGCCUCUCUCAUACCUGACCUUAGUUGACGGAUGUUUAACUGCUGCUGGUCGACCAAAGUUAGUUUGUUUCUUUUUUAAGUGAACAUAUUCCUCUCAUUAAUUCACCAGCUACUAAAAUCCUGACUUGUUCUCUUCCCUGAUUUAAUUUUGUGCUGCUUUUAAGCUGCAGCUGAAGAAAAAUCGAUGAGCUGUGGCUGUUUUUUGUUCUGUUUGCGGCUUCAGGCCGUUGUGUUGUGAUGCUCGGCCUCAGAUUCGGGUCCUCUGCCAGACUUUGAUCAGAAGCUCCUCUCUGCCCAGAGGACAUAAACUUAUUCUUCAGUUUGCUCUUCUCUCCUUGAAUCUCGGCUGAACUCUCCUGAGUCUUCACUUUCCUCUUGAGUUGUCACCUUAAAAAGCUCCGAGGUCGUUCCUCCUCUUCCUCGCCCUCCUCUUCCUCCUCUGUACGCCUGCAGGAAUCGUUCUGCCUUCCUGACGGCUUCACUCUUUUAUUAUCCAGGCUAUAUUUGGACUGAGCUGUAUGCGCUGUACAGCAGGAUGUUUGUCUUUACUGCAACCUGCAAGUACAUCAAAACUCCUGGAGCCUGGAGCCUGGAGCCGCACUUUGGUAAUUAAUUUCUCCAGUUUUACUGGAAAACAUCUUUAUUAGUUAUUGUAACCCAGAAAUGAGUCGAUAACUGAUAACCGAUCAGGCAUUUGCUGGCUGCAGAUUUCUGAUUUAUUGGUAAUAAAGCCCCUGCUCUGUGCAGUAACUCAGUGUUCGCUUCCCACUUCCACAGCUUUUCAAAAUGAAGGCGUGUUUAUUUAUAGGCAAAGGAAAUGUGUUGCUCAUCACUGAGAGGAAAUAAACUCAAAAAUAAAAUCAACUUCAUGCAAAUAAAGUUUACAGCUCAUGGAAAACAUCAGCUGUAGGUUUCUGAGCAGUUUUAGGAAAUGUUCAGAACAAAUUCUUUGGUUAACCAGAAGACAGUUUUGACUUUGAAUAGGCCAUUUAUUUUUUUACAUUCUAUUGCCAGAUAUAUGAUUAUGAUCUACUUGGUUAAAAUGUAAACAUUUUUCUAGAUUAUCCUGAGAUCAUCAGGGCAUAAAUCUUGUUUUUCUGUCAUAUUAUGUCUAAACUAAUAAAUAAGUUAACAUAAAAUUAGUCCAUUGCCUCAAAAAUGUAAAAUCUUUCAAACUAACUCCUUUUGCAUUGAUUGAGAUUUUCAAGAAUUUAUGGAUUUUAAGGAUUUGAUGUCGGUGUUAAAUUAGAUAACUUUAAUGUUUCCUAGGUUGAGUUAGAUGGAUGGAUAUGAAUGUAAACGAUAUAAUCUGUAGAGAAUUAUUAAAAAAAUAUGAACAAGAAUCAAACCCUGGAAAAUUACAAUCAGAUUAAUGACUUUUCCUUAAGCUGUAAACCGGAUUGUCUCUGUAACGAACAGACCAGAGGAGGACCGAGUGUGGCGCCUUGUGGAGCUCCGUCAGUAAUACUUUAUCUGAUCUGAGAACAGAAACAGAAGAUACUGCUGAUGUGUUCGCAGCACUGGGAAAACUUACAGGAAGCUGUUGUUUUAAAAACAAAUCAGUCUGAAUAAUCUAUGGAUACUUUUAUCUGCUCAUGUUUCUACAGAUGUAAAUACGUUUUAGCUCAUUUCCUUUUGGGUUUUGCUUCAUUUCAGACAUUUAAAUCUGUAUUUGUACUGUAUAUAGUUUAAUUUUCCCCUGAUAUUCACCUUUAAAGCAGAUUUAAUCUAAUCUUGUGUUUUUUUCUGAUAUGAAUUAGCAUCAUUGUUAAAUUUCUGUUUUUCCCACAAAUCUGUAAAUUCUUCAUUAAAUUGUCUGGAAGCAGCUUAGAAACCAUCAGUGGUAUUUAACAGCUGAUUUAACUGGUGUUUACUGUCACACUGGGACCAUUAUAUCAGGGUUAAUGGCUCAGAGUGCUUUGCUCAUUCUGACUGACUGGUUUUUGUGGUCAAACUGGUUUUAAUGGAUUUAAUGGUCGAUUUUCUUCCUGUCCUCAGUUUUGAAUUAAAUUCUCUGUUGUUUUUAUCAGUUUCUUUUUCUUAAUAUGAUGAUUUUUCUCACUGACCCAGUUCUUCGGCGCUGCUGGGUGUUUUUUUCCUGACUUUAUGAGGAGCAUUUCUUCAGUCAGACGGCGUACGCUAACGUCUCCUAGCUUCUCCUCCACAUGAAAAGGCCUCCAGCUAAAUGUAUAAUUCAGGCUGAAUGUCUCUGGUUGUUUCUACAAUCAUCCAGGAGGUUGGAAAGGCCCAUCAGAUUCAUUAAUAUAGAGUCAAAGUUCUUGAUUGUGGAACCGUAAACAGAUGAUGGUUCCUAAAUAUGUGAUGCAAGUCUCAGAUAUUUACAGCUCAUUGUUUACUGCUGCGCUCACACAAUGAGGUGAGGCUUCCAGAUCUGUAAGUGUUCCUCAGUCCUAAUCUUUGUUCAACUUCCUGUUUUAUUGUCUGCUGUUUUCUUUCCUCCGUCUCUCUGUGAGAUGAAUUAUUUAACCUGCCUUCAGGAACCCUCCCUGUCUCCAUCUUUGCGUCCUGAGCUGCAGCCACGGACAGAUGUGGGGUUUCCUCUGCAGCAGCGCCAUCAGAAGCAACCAAUCACAGGAGGAAUCUGACUCCUGCCUUCGUUUUUAUAAACUGCUGCCACAGCAAAACGUCAGUAAACUUACAGCGAGCUCCGUUGUUGCUUUUACAGCUAGCUGUACAGUUAGCUAAUCAUUCUGAAAUUCAAAGUUUCAAGUUAAACACAAAGCACAUUAGCAUCCUAGCGUUCCGAUUAGCAUGCUAAUGUUUUUAUGCAAAUAGUAGCAUUAAGAUGGUAUGGUUAACAUUUUGAUGCUAACAGCACCUUUAGCAUACUAAGCUUUCAGUAAUGUCUAUAAAUAGCAUGCUAUUAUAUGUUUAUGCUAAUGUUAAUAUGCUAAUGUUUUAAGGCUAGUACAGAAAUUAACACACUAAAGGUGACAUAACAGUUGGUUAAUAUUAAUAGUCUGAAAUUAUGCAAAAACAAACGUUAGCACGCGAACAUUUCAUGCUAACAGUAUUAGCCUAUUUCCAUGCUAACACAAAAAUUAGCACACUGACAUUAACAUUCUUUCCCAGCAGUUUGCUAAUGCAAAAAAUAGCACACUAAUAGUAGCAUCCCAAGCCAACAGUAAUAUUAAUAUUUCUAAUGUAGGUUAUGGAAAUGUUAGCACACUGGAUGGACUCCUGACUCAACUGUUCACAUCUUCUAGUUCAAAAUCCAAAAGCAGAAAGUUCUCCAGUGAAGUGGGUCAAAUCAUUUUCAGAUAGCAGCGGUUAUGAAAACUGAAUUCAUGUUGAAUAAAUCCCCUCAGAUUUAAGGAAUCAUUUCUGCAUCCUGCCAGCCUUUAUUCUGGAUUUCUAAAACAUUGAAACAUGACCGGCAGGUUUUAUCGGUUUCCUGCUGCGUCCAUUAAUAAUGACUGAACAAAAAAUGCAGCAGCAUGUUUGCUCACUUCCAGCUGCAUUUAUUGUUAACAAACACUGAGAGCAGAGAACUGUCUGUGAAGAGAAAGAUGGCAAUGUUGAAACUGGGAGAAAAUGGAAAAUCAAUGUUGACCAAUCCAUAAACAUUAGGACCGUCUGGAAGACGGAAAAACUGAGCAGCCGACCGCUGGAUGGAGAAAACGUUUGAGAGCUGGGAAAGAGUGGAAGCAAAGACUCGUCACCUUCUGUCUUUAUUUUAUGUUAUUAGGAAAAUGACACGAUUUCAUUAUUGCUUCAGAUGGUUUCUAGGCUUUUUGGUGGAGUUAUUUUUAGAUUUUCUCUCUUCUACACUUCUGAGCUCUGAUAUAACAUGAAAAAAACGAGAUCAAUAACAGUGAAGGUCUGAAAAUAUUUGAUCUGAAAGUCAAACUGAUCCUCGCUGCUCUUCAGAUCGAAGCGAUGAAUCUCCUGGAACCUCCUGGGUUCUGGUUCCAGGAUUAGUUGCGUGUUGUGAACCCGCCGCGGCUCUGAGGUCACAUGGUGAUUUAUGACGCUCGGUGUGAGAUUGAUGUGUUUGUUUUGUUGUUUCUGCUGAAUCGGCAGAUCUGAUCCUGUGUCAGUCCUGCAGAAGACGACAGCUGGACUCAUUUUUCACGGGAGCAGUUUGAUUCAUGGCGGCUCUACGUCCAUGUUGGGCUCCACCGUCGGAUUCAGCAGGAAAAUCCACCGAUCAUCUCAAGGGAGGAUCCCGCCGGUCCAGUCAGGAGUCUCUGAACUCUCCUGUCACUCCGAUGUCCAGCUCAGCCUCAACGACCUCGCCACUCAGCCGUGAAAACUUCAGGAGCGGCAGCAGAAUAAAACUUUCAAAAACCUUCUGGCACAAGACAACGGUGACGAGGCGAGAAAGCAGGAAGACCUGGAAAAACCCAGAGGGUUCAGAUCCGGCUGGUUAUGAAACACAAACAAAUCACAAACGUCUUAAACAGGAAAUGACGUCAAUAACAAAGUGAAAAAACAGAACAUAUGGAAAUUAUGCUUAAACUGCUUCAAAAUUAAAGUUAUAUAAACAUUUUGUAAGUUUAAGAAAAAACUUUGAGCCAAAAGUUUGGAAAGUUGGAAAUUCAAUUCAAUAUUUUGAAUUUAGCUGAAAAAUACAGUGACCUAAUAAACAAAAUAUUCCCUUUGUCUAGUUCUAGCAACAAUAACUUAGCUUUGCAGUAUGCUAACUCAGCUUAGAUUAGCAAAAUGGCUGCCUCGCCAUGUUAAACAUUAGGCUAAUGUAGCCUAGCUUAGCAUAAUAUCAGUAGAUCACUUACUUUAACUUAGCAAGACGAGCACUUGUAUACUCAGUUGGCUUUAUUUAGUCAGGCUAAAUACACAGCUAGCUUAGCAGUGUUUUAAUGUAGCUAGCUUAGCAAUAUGGUGACUCAGCAACAUUUUCUCUUAGCUUAGCAGCAACAGAGUCACUUACCCAAGUUUAGAAAUGUUGUAACUUUGUUCAAUUUAGAGAAAUAAUUACUUAAUUUAAUUUGGCAGAUUAAUUAUUUUUCCUAAUUUGGAAAAAUGUCACAUUAGCUUAAAAAAAAGGAUUGCUUAUUUAACAUCUAAACUAAGGAGUCUGGAUCUGUUUUUACAAACUAACAACAUUAUAACCCCUUCUGUCUUUUUGUUUUAUCAUAAAGUCUGACGUCUUGUUUUUUUUAAACCAACUUUGAAUUAAAAAUGCAUAAAACACAGUAAUUAAUAACCGGUUGCAUGUUUUUCAGUGUCACAUACAGUCUCUUUUUUUACAGCGCACAAAUAAAAACAUUUUCAUUGGAUAUUUAUACAGUUUAAAAACGCUGGAAAGUAAACAGGAAACAACCUCACUCCAUCUCACUGUGGUAGAGGAACCCAGAUUAUGAUUUGUUUUAUAAAAAUGAAUUUUUAGUCAUUAUUGUCUGCUGAAAAAAGGAAGAAAACAUAAAAGUCUGCAGAAGAUUUUAUGUUCCAGUUAUUUAUCCAGACUUCAAAAAGAUACAAGAACCUGAAGGACAUAUUUAACAAGUAUGAAGAGAGCAGAAUUUGCUGCAGUAAAGUCUAAAAAAAGCCGAACUCCAGCAGGAGGAUUGAUUUUUAUGAGUAGCUAUAAGAAGCAGCGCGGAGUCUGAAUCCCUUCUGUCCCUGGGAGGCGAUUCGGAGCCGCCGUGACUCACCGGAUCGUCCUGUACAGCAGAACCAGCACACUGGCAAAUCAUUGCUUUUUCAAUUACUGAUCUGUCCGGCCGCUUCUCAUCCAGAUAAUUAGUCAAAUCCAGCGACCGGCAGCGGUUAAGUAGCUAAAGGGCAAACAGACGUCAAACCAAUCUAUUUUAGGAUUUCUCGGCUCCUCUGGGUGAAUCCUGGAGCAGACGACAAAAACCUGCAGCACAGAGAAAACAUUUUCACAUGUUAGAAGGGAAAUAAUCUGAAAGUGGAACUACAUUUUUUAAUUAAUAGGAAGGAAUUAAUGACUAAAAACAAGAUCUUAUAUCUUCCUGAUAAGUUUGAAAUGACUUGUAAGUUAGUUUUGUUUUAUUUAGUGUGUAAUUUAAGAUAUUUGCACCAGAAACUAGAGAAAAAUACUUGGUAAGAUUUUGUGUUUUUACAGUGCAGAUGGACUUUCAUCAACACAAAGAUGAAAAUAUCUUCACUAAAAGGUUUGAAUGUUAGUCGCAACUAAAAGUCAUCGCUGAAGAGUUUAUCUUUACAAUAACAUCUGUUUUCUAAAUAAA